AUACAUACACGUACCAAAAUUGAAAUAGCCUUUGUAACCCGACCAUGAUGGAAUCAUCAAAACCCCUUAUUCCCACUCCUGGAUUUCUGAUUGCCUUCUUCAUAGUCAUGAUCUGUACUUUCAUCAGACCAAGUACUUGUCUAGCAUCAAACUACGUUGGAGAUGACUGCCAUAACAAAGCCCCACAAGCUCUUAGUGACUUAUACAAAGCCAACCUUGACCAGCUCCUUUCGUUGCUCUCCACCGAUGCUGCUGCCACCAACAAAGGCUACAACCACACUGCCAUCGGCAACGCCACCAACACCGUCUACGGCCUCUAUGACUGCCGUGGCGAUGACCCCGGCUACCUCUGCCAGUUCUGUGUCUCCACUGCCACCAGAGAGCUUCUCCAACGCUGUCCCAAUCACCCUUCUGCCGCAAUAUGGUACAGCUACUGCAUCGUCCGAUACUCCAAUGAGAACUUCUUCGGAAAGGUGAUGAUGAGCCCAUUAUGGUCCAUGGAGGGAACGACGAAGAUGUCGGAUCCGACGGAGUGGAAGAAGGCAGAAAGUUACAUAAGGAGUCUGAUGGGACGAGCGACGGAGAAGACAAAGGAAUUGAAUGCAUGGGGAGAGUUUGAUCUAGGAGGUGGAAGAAGAAGGCAUGCGUUGGUACAAUGUAGUAGAGACCUUGACAGAAAGAGUUGCAGGCAAUGUUUGGAGGCUUUGAUGAAUAACGUUACUCAGUGUUGUGAGCAGAAGCAAGGAUGGCACGUUGGGACCCCAAGUUGUAUAAUCAAAUACAACGAUUACAUGUUCUAUCAGUCACCCUCUUCUCAAAAUCCUACUACAGCCAAUGAUGGCGCUGGCAAGUCCAAAUUCUUGAUCAUAAGCGUAAGUUUAUUAGUGGCUGUGCCUAUACUAAGCAUUUCUGUCUACUUAUGGCGGAGGAAGACUAGAAAAGAUCAAACGCGCUUGGAAGGCGCUCCUAUGUUUUAUGAUUUUCCUCGAAGAGAGAGAUCAUUGAACACAGAUCUUCCCACAAUCCCUCUGCAUGUGAUUCAACAGAGCACUAAUCACUUCUCAGAAGAUUCUAAAUUGGGAGAAGGUGGAUUUGGUACUGUUUAUAAGGGAACAUUGCCAGAUGGGAAGGAAAUUGCGGUUAAAAGACUCUCAAAAGCAUCAGGUCAAGGUUCAAAGGAGUUCAAGAAUGAAGUGAUAUUCAUAGCAAAGUUGCAACAUAGAAACCUUGUUAGGCUCUUGGGUUGUUGCAUAGAGAAAAAUGAGAAGCUACUUGUAUAUGAAUACAUGCCAAAUUCUAGCCUUGACUUCCACCUUUUCAGUGAAGAAAAGAGGAAGAAAUUAGAUUGGAAUCAAAGAUUAAAUAUUAUCAAUGGGAUUGCAAAAGGACUUUUGUAUCUUCAUGAAGACUCUCGACUAAGAGUGGUUCAUAGAGAUUUGAAAGCUAGCAACGUCCUUUUGGACAAUAAAAUGAAUCCUAAAAUAUCAGAUUUUGGAUUGGCAAGGACCUUUGAAGGAGCCCAAAAUGAAGGAAAUACAAAACGAGUGAUUGGUACUUAUGGUUAUAUGGCUCCAGAGUAUGCUAUGGAAGGAUUAUUUUCAGUGAAAUCAGAUGCUUUUAGUUUUGGAGUUCUUUUGCUAGAAAUCAUAUGUGGAAAAAAGAUUUGCAGUUUCUAUCUCUCUGAGCAUGGCCAAAGUCUUCUAAUUUAUACUUGGAAUUUGUGGUGCAAAGGAAAAUGUUUGGAAUUGAUGGACCCGGUGUUAGAAGAUUCAUAUAUAGAAAAUGAAGUUUUGAAGUGCGUACACAUUGGUUUACUUUGUGUUCAAGAAGAUCCAGAUGAUAGACCAAUUAUGUCUACUGUCGUACUCAUGCUUGCAAGUGACACAAUGACAUUACCGAAUCCUAAUCCUCCUGCUUUUUCAAGAAGAAAGUCCCUGGAAGAUCAGUCAUCUACUUCUAGAACUUUCAACGAUGCUUCUGUUAAUGAGAUGACAGUGUCUCACCUCACACCAAGAUGACAAGUAAUUAACCUCCAGAACAUGGAUACUAGAACAACUGUGUCAUAUGUGGAUCCCACCACUUAGCUUUCUUUAUCUCUCUCUUUAAUUAGCUAGAUCAUGAAGACAUUAUUGGAAGGAGUCUGCCGAAAGAAAAUUUAAUCAGCCAUGAGGACCAAAUGAUGAGGAAUUGAAGGUUAGGUUUGGACAAUUUUUUUUUUUUUGUUUUGGCCUGGGUUUGGACAAAUUAGAGCAAAUCAAAUCGGUGAAUGUCUCACGUAUUUAAGCAUUUAAUUUGCCAAAAAUUAUGUGUA